AUGCUCCAAGACUUUUUGGCAAAGAAAAGGGAUAAAUAUACUUGUCAUGAUGUUCAAAACGAACUGCUUCAAAUUAUUGCCAAUCGAAUUAUUCGAGACAUUGUACAUCGCAUAAAAUCCUCAUGUUCAUAUUUCUCUAUUAUGGUUGAUGAAACGACCGAUUUCAGUACAACCAAACAAGUUGCAUUGGCUUUACGUUGGGUGGAUGAUGACCUGGAACCCCUCGAGGAAUUUCUAGGUAUCCAUCAGACUGGGUCAAUUGAGGCGAAUAGAUUGGUUGCCCUAGUGAAAGACAUCUUAGUACGGGUUUAUUUUGACAUGAAGAAAUGCCGUAGUCAGUGUUACGACGGUGCUGCCAACAUGCCUGGUGUUCGAAAUGGAGUUGCUACACAGAUUUCAGCAGUAGAGCCAAGGGCACUGUACACUCAUUGCUAUGGACACUCUCUCAAUUUAGCAUGCCAAGACACCAUUUGUGAAGUAAAGUUCUUAGUUAUAGAGGCCAUUGACAUGUCAUUUAAAUUUCAAAGCUACUGA